AUGGAUCAAGUAAUUUUGGGACUAUUCGGAAUGAUCCUAUCAACUUGGGUAAUGUAUGGAUGUCUUAUUGCAUGGAGAUUUGAGUUUUAUAAGACGGCUGCCAUCUUUAUCUAUCACAUUUUUACACUUGCUAUGUAUUUUUCUUACAUUUCGUUUUGCAACUUUUUGACCAAUUUGUACAUUCGUCUACCUUCGGAAAACAAACCUUUCUCUGGAUUCAAACUCUACGUUUUUCUAUUCGGAGUGUUUCAUACAAUGGUUGGCGUUGCAACGGUUUACAUUACGAAAAUCUGGCCAGUCUGUAUACUACUUCUAAUCGCUUCAUUCGUAUUUUGUAUUGAUGCUUAUUCGUGCUUCUUCACUGACACAUAUAUGCUAUGCGAGCACCGAACAUUCAAAUACGAGAUGAAAACUGAAUUACCAAUUGAUGGAAUCAUUUGUCAUGUAGUGGUUAGAAGAAACGUUGAAAAAUCGAAAGAAUUACCGGAAGGAUGGCAAUGUGAAGACGAGCUGAAAUUGGACAAUAAAUGGUAUCAAGAAGAAAUUUGGAACGUUGAUAAUGUUUGA